AUGACCUUGGACUUCCAGCCUCCAGAACUGGGGCUCCAGGAGCCUCCGCGCCAGCCUUUGUGUGUCAGCUGCAAUGCUUGCCGGGGCGAUCAGCGAUCACAGAAGGCAACCCCACCGGCCAGGGAAUGCGGAGGGGUGUCCAGGUACCGUGGGAGCCGCGCACUCAAGCCCGCUGGACACAGCCCGCCGCCCACGGCUUCUCACGUGUCCCCUUGCCUGGGCUGCUGCCAGGCCUCCAGCGGGGCUGGUCUAGGAGCUGAGAAGCUCUGCGAAAUCACCUGCACCCUGGAGGCCCGGGCAGGCGUUUGUCGAACGUGGGGAUGGGAGUUUGUGGAGAUGGCAUGGAUUUGUUAUUCCACGAUCCAUCUGAUUGGCUUCCCUCUACGUCCUGACCUCAUUCCCUCCUGCUUCGGUUGCACUAAUGACGCCACCUCAUGGACAGACCUACUCACUGCAGGGUCGGUGUUAGAACCAACAGAGGAAAGAACAUUAAAUCAGAAUCGAGAGGUGGCCUGCGGGUCGAGGUUGCUCACGAACACAGACUUUCACCCUGCUUUCUCCAGUCAGAAGUUUCUUUUGAUUUUGCUACGCUUAAGAGUGGUUGCAUGGGCACUUAGAGUUGCUGAUGUCAGCAAGGCCACGUUCAGUUCCAGCGCGAAGAUCAUGAAGCCCAACAGCGAGAAGCCGGACGAGUAUGAGAUGGGCAUCUCCCAGGCCCUCCUGCAGCUGGAGAUGAACCCGGACCUCAAGGCCCAGCCGGAGCUGAACAUCACGGCCGCCAAGGAAAUUGCAGUUGGUGGUGGUCAGAGAGCUCUCAUAAUCUUUGUUCCCGUUCCGCAACUGAAAUCUUUCCAGAAACUCCAGGUCCAGCUAGUGCAUGAGUUGGAGAAGAAGUUCAGCAGGAAGCACGUUGUCUUUAUUGCUCAGAGGAGAAUUCUGCCUAAGCCAACUCGAAAAAGCCAUACAAAAAAUAAGCAAAAGCAUCCCAGGAGCUGCAUUCUGACUGCCGUGCACGACGCCAUCCUGGAGGACUUGGUUUUCCCUAGUGAGAUUGUGGGCAAGAGAGUGGGCAAGAGAGUGGAUGGCAGCCGACUCAUAAAGGUUCAUUUGAUUAAAGCACAGCAGAACGAUGUGGAACACGAGGUUGAAACAUUUUCUGGUGUCUAUAAGAAGCUCACCGGCAAGGACGAUAAUUUUGAAUUCCUAGAGUUUCAGUUGUAAACAAAAAUGACUAAAUAAAAUAUUAUUCACAAUAAAAAAAAAAGUUUCUUUUGAAAAAAGUGAAUGUUCUGGGCUUCCCUGGCAGUGCGGUGGUUAAGAAUCUGCCCGUCAAUGCAGGGGACACGGGUUCGAGCCCUGGUCCGGGAAGAUCCCACAUGCCGCGGAGCAACUAAGCCCAUGAGCCACGGCCGCUGAGCCUGUGAGCCACAACUACUGAGCCCACGUGCCACAACUACUGAGCCUGCACACCUAGAGCCCAUGCUCUGCAACAACAGAAGCCACGGCAAUGAGAAGCCUGCGCACCGCAACAAAGAGUAGCCCCCGCUCACCGCAACUAGAGAAAGCCCGCGCGCAGCAACGAAGACCCAACCCAGCCAAAAAUAAAUAAAUAAAUAAAAUAAAUUUUUUUUUAAAAAGUGAAUGUUCUGUUUAGUAUUGACACUGCACAAACCCAUGCAACACAAGAAUUUUUCUCUCUAUGGGAGCUGAAUACUACAUCAGAUCGCUAUGUGAUGACUUCUUUUGCAACUUUGGGUCUCUUUGGAGGUGAGGGCUUGAGAGAGGCUCAAUACAUGCACAGGCAUGAAUGGGAUUGUUCAGAUAAACCUGUACUUUCCAUAAUUUCUAUGAAGAUUUCCAGAGCAUACACUUCAGGGGAGGGUAAGGAGUUCUACUGUUACCUGCAUUCCCUAAAAAUCCACUGGUUUUGGUCUUCGUUUUGCUCAGCCCCAAGUAAAGAAAUAUUUAAAAAUAGAAACCCUGAGACAUUUCCGUUGUUCUGAACCAGAUGAUCACCGACGCUGCAAUGUCCCAGCUUUCCACUAGGGGGGGACUCUAACGCAGUCCAGGAGCCAGGAGGAGCUGUCACGGAAGGUACUGAACUGGUGGCCUAGUGGUUAAGAAUCCGCCAGCUAAUUCAGGUAAUACGAAUUCGAGCCCUGGUCCAGGAAGAUCCCACAUGCCUCGGAACAACUAAGCCCGUGUGCCACAACUACUGAAGCCCGCGUGCGUAGAGCCCGUGCUCCGCAACAAGAGAAGCCACUGCAGUGAGAAGCCCACGCACCGCUCGAAACGUAGCCCCCGCUCGCCGCAACUAGAGAAAGCCCGUGAGCAGUAACAAAGACCUCGCGCAGGCAAAAAUAAUAAAUUUAUUUUUUAAAAAAAGAAAAGAAAUGGGAUUAUUGGGUGUGCGUCUUCUAACUGGAAGCACAACUCUUUUCUGUAUAUUGGCUUUGAUAUGACUUUGUGGUUAGAUUUAAUUUGGGUGCUGUCAGAGUGGAUGUUCAGCCCCUAUUUUUUUGUAAUUUAAAAAGCUUAAACACUUUCUCUGCAGCCCAGGGCUUUUUCCCCCUUACUCUCUAUUACCAAAUAAUACAUAUAAUUGUCCCCUCUCUCUGGCUGAGCUGGGUACACACAUAGUCAAACGAGUGGGUGGGGCCCAUUCCUCUUAGUGUCGGACAACUCGGCGGUCAACCCCACGAGAGCCCAGCGUCCGCCAGGCCUCUGGAAACUGUGACCUUCUCAUUUGGUCUGACCAGCCGUGUACCGCGAAGGCUACUCAAUGCCAAGUCUACUCGGUACAUUUAUCA